GCCACCACUUGGAGAAGGCAUGUCUAUUGAAAAUGACACUGAGUCUGUCAAUGAAGAGGAAGAUGAAGAUGAAGAUGUAGCCGAAGUUGCUAAUCCAGGCCCACCUCGGUGGAAAACAGUCCACAAUCCAUCCUGCAAUCCUUACCCAGAAUGGCAGGGUGUAUCGAGAAGUGAUGAAAUCCUCUCCCCCCUCCAGUAUUUCCAGCAGUUUUUUUCUGAAGACAUUCUAGAAAGCAUUGUUCAGCAGUCCAAUUUAUAUGCAAUGCAAAAUAACCCAAACAAGCCCCUAAACCUCACAACAAAAGAGUUAGAGCAGUUCCUGGGAACUGUUGUGUACAUGUCACUGUUUGGUUUACCAAGGACCCGCAUGUUUUGGAACAAAGCCUGCAGAGUGUCCCAAGUAGCUGACACCAUGACCCUGAAUAGAUGGGAGGCCAUUAAAAAAUACCUUCACUUCAGCAACAAUGAAGACAGGCAGGAGGAAGGUAAUGAUCCAUUACACAAGAUCCGACCGCUUGUCACUCACCUAAUCUCCAAACUGAAGUCGAUCCCAAUGCGUGAGAAGCUGGCAGUUGAUGAACAGAUGGUCCCAUUCAAGGGAAGAAGUAGACUGAAGCAAUACCUGCCAUCAAAGCCCAAAAAAUGGGGCUACAAAAUACUCGUCUUGGCUGGCUCUGAUGGUGUCCCGCACAACUUCGAAAUUUACACAGGGAGAGCGGUACACCCCCCUGAGCUAGCAGAUAUUGGAGCAAGUGGCAAUGUUGUCCCCAGCCUGGCUCAGCCUAUACCCAAGCAAGAGAACUAG